AUCCCCACUCCCGCAUCGUUCGAUCCCCUCUCCCUCGCCGCCGCCGCCGCCGCCGCCGCCGGCCGGCGCGCCAGCAUCGCUGCCAUGCUCCGCCUCCGGGGCUGCAUCCUCCCCCGCCUCCUCUCAUCUCCCGCCACCUCCCUCCACCGCCUCCUCUCCGCGGCCGUUUCUCCGAGCCCUCCUAGCUUCGCCGUGGAGGAGUACCUCGUCGCCACCUGCGGCCUCACCCCAGCGCAGGCCCGCAAGGCCUCCCCCAAGCUCUCCCACCUCAAGUCCCUGGCCAACCCCGACGCCGUGCUCGCCUUCCUCGCCGGCCUCGGCCUCUCCGCCGCCGACCUCGCCACCGCCGUCCGCAAGGACCCCAGGUUGCUCUGCGCGGGCGUGGAGACAACCCUGGCCCCCAAUGUCGCGGAGCUCACCGGCCUGGGUCUCUCGCCUUCUGAGAUCGCGCGCCUCGUCUCGAUCACCGGCACCACUUUCCGCUGCAAAUCCAUCGUCUCCGGACUGCACUACUGCUUGCCCCUCUUCGGCUCCUCAGAGAACCUCCUUCGGGUCCUCAAGAGUGGCUCCGUUCUCGGGUCUGACCUCCAACGGGUGAUCAAGCCCAAUGUCGCCUUCCUGAGGGAGUGCGGGCUAGGUGCUUGCGAUAUUGCCAAGCUCUACGUAUUUCGGCCAUCGCCGCUCAGCAUCAGCACCGAACGCAUCCGGACAGCAGUGGCGCGUGUUGACGGUCUUGGUGUAUCCCGUGGAUCUCCCAUGUUCAAGCAUGCGCUACAAGCUGUUGCAUUCCUCACCGAGGAGAAAAUCACCGCCAAUGUAGAGCACUUGAAGAAAGCGUUCAGGUGGUCGGAUGCCGAGGUGGGCAUUGCUGUUUCUAAGGCUCCAUCGUUGCUGACGAAGAAUAAGGAAUCGCUGCAGCGCAGGUCCGAGUUCCUCAUCUCUGAGCUGGGGUUGGAACCCGCAUACAUUGCUUAUCGUCCGGCAAUGCUCACUUACAGCUUGGAGGGCCGGAUCAGACCCCGGUACUAUGUCGUAAAGUUUCUCAAGGAAAAUGGAUUGCUCAAGCGUGACCCGAGCUACUUUACUGUUUUCAAGGAGUCCGGGAAGGCAUUCAACAAGAUGUUCAUACACCCUCAUAAGGAAGCUGCACCACACCUUGAAAAAGACUACGAUGCUGCUUGCAAAGGGGAGGUGCCCACUAAUUUCAGAUUCACAUAAGCCAAGAACGGGCUCUGAUGUAACUGUGUGCUGGUUGUCCGCUGCUGUAUGUCUGUUAGAUGCUGGGUUGGUGGUUGUUAACGAGUGAUGAAGCUGAUAAUUUGAUCCCUGGAUACUGAUAUUUAAUGUCACCACUCAGCCGAGAAGAAACCAUGGAUUGGUUAUGAACUUUUUCGUCCUCAUUCAUGUUUUAAACACAUGUAUUGAAACUAAGUAAGUGUGAGAUCAGGCCAUUCUGUAAUGCACUAAAAUUUCAGUUUUCAA